UAAUAACAACAAAAAUAAUACUCAUUCAUUUAUGAGAUAUGAAAGAAAUAGAACAAGACUUAGUGAAGGAGCAAUAAUAAAAGGAAAAGUUCACAUCAAUAAUCCAACCUAUUUACGUUCUUCUAAUAUUAAUCCGACAUAUGUAUAAUUCCAUAAUAAUCUCAACUUAACAAGCAUCCUUCCCAAAAUGCUUCGAGGUGACUGGGAACUUGUUUAACCGGUAAAACCGUUUAUCCAUCUCACUUGAUGGCUUCAUGGCUUUGCCUGCUCCUUCCAUCUCAUCUCCUCUUAUCUUUUCCCUAGUCUUCUUCUCCGAAUGUUCCCCUCUCGAGUCUUUUGCACAACCGUAUGUUUGGAUGGAAAAUUUUGGCUCUCUUAAUUCAAAGAAUAAGAAGCCUAUGAGGAGGACGGUGAGGAAGUUGUGUAAGUAAAACAGCCUGCAGCCAACCUAAAAGAGGCGAAGAGAGGGCCGGCAAACAAAUAUUGUUCUCUUCUCUUCGUGGGUCUAAAGUAGUAACCAACCAGGCCACUUCUCACGAAGCAAUGGGAUCCAUGCCAGAGGGGCGAAAAUGUGUGACUUGCAUCGGCGAGCCGAUUGAGGAAUCGAACCGGACCAAGCUGGGGAAACAUUCGAGGGUGUUAUCUAGUUUGCUUAGUCCUUUGGAAGUUAAGCAAAUAAUGAGAGCUGAGAAAGAAUGCUUAGCGAAUCAACUUAGGCCGAGUCAGGUGAUUGUGAAUGGAUAUCCUUUGAAGACAGAAGAGAUGGAAGAUCUGUUUGGUUGCCCUUUACCUCCUCAGAAGUUAAGACCUGGGAAGUAUUGGUAUGACAAAGAAUCUGGUCUUUGGGGAAAGGAGGGACAAAAGCCAAAGACUAUUGUGAGUUCAAAUCUAAAUUUUACCGGAAAGCUUAGUCCUCAUGCAAGCAAUGGAAACACACAGGUCUACAUUAAUGGCCGUGAAAUAACAAAAGUUGAACGCAAAGUAAUGAAGCUUGCAAAUGUUCAAUGUCCUCGUGACACUCGCUUUUGGGUAUAUGAUGAUGGCCGUUAUGAGGAAGAAGGACAAAAUAAUAUCAGAGGAAAUAUAUGGAAAAAAGCAUCGACACGGCUAUUCUGCUCCUUGUUUUCCUUGCCUGUACCUCAUGCUCAGCCACGUAUCCAUAGAGAUUCCCCUAGCAAUUACAGUAUUGCCCCUAACUUUGUGGAGCGCAGAAGAGUUCAGAAGUUGCUUCUACUUGGACAGGAAGGCUCUGGAACUAGCACCAUUUUCAAACAGGCCAAAGUAUUGUAUGGGAACAAAUUCACUGUAGAAGAGCUACUAGACAUUAAGCUUAUGAUUCAAUGCAACAUCUACAAGUAUCUAAGCAUUCUACUUGAUGGACGGGAGCAAUUUGAGGAGGAGGCCUUGUUCGAUAUGAAGGCACAAGGUGGUGAAGGUAAUCAGUGUGUGUAUUCGCUGAACCCAAUGUUGAAGCAAUUUUCUGAUUGGCUAUUAGAUAUAAUAUCCACCGGAGAUUUAGAUGCAUUUUUCCCAGCAGCAGCUCGAGAAUAUGCUCCUCUAGUUGAGGAGGUGUGGAAUUAUCCUGCUGUGCAGGCAACAUACAAGAGAAAAGAUGAACUUCUCUUCCUUCCAGAUGUGGCGGGUUACUUCUUAAGCAAGGCAGUAGAGGUAUCAAGCACCGAGUAUGAACCAUCAGAGCAAGACAUACUUUACGCAGAAGGGUCGAACGGUUUGUCCUUCACAGAGUUCUCCAUGUAUGACCAUAGCCCAAUGUCUGGAACCUCCUAUGCAGCCGAGAACAAUUCAGAAGGCCCUCCCCUGCCUCUCACAAGGUAUCAACUAAUAAGGGUCAAUGGGAGGGGU